AUGAAGCUGAGGAUAUUCCGGUUUUUCUUGUCUGUAGCCGUAAUCUUUGUAUUGUUCACAAAUGUUUCAACCAAUGCUCCAUACGUCAGAAAAAGCAAGACCAAAGAACCAGGAUAUCCCGUAAUAUUAGUCCCAGGAGAUGGUGGUAGCCAGCUCGAAGCUAAUUUAACGGGUAAGCCUUCAGUAGUUCACUAUCUUUGUGCCAAGCAGACCAGCGACUGGUGGGACCUUUGGCUUAAUUUACAGCUUUUCACACCAGUGGUCAUUGAUUGUUGGUUGGACAACAUGCAAUUGGUGUUCAACACAACGUCUAGUUUGUCCAUGGAUAUGCCAGGAGUCGAUGUUAGAGUGCCUGGUUUUGGCCAAACGGAAACUAUAGAAUGGCUUGACAAAAGCAAAGCUAGCUCAGGGCUGUAUUUUUUCAAUAUGGUGGAUAUGAUGACGUCUUGGGGUUACCGCCGAGGAAAAAACGUGGCUGGCGCUCCCUACGAUUGGCGACGUUCACCAAAUGAAUUGAACGACUAUUUGGUCAAACUUAAAGAGCUGAUUGAAAACGUCUACAAACUUAAUGAUAAUAAAAAGGUUGUCAUCGUAGCGCACAGUAUGGGAAAUCCUACAAUGUUGUAUUUCUAUAAUAAUUAUGUUACACAGGACUGGAAAGAUAAGUAUAUCAAGAGUCACGUUGGUUUAGCUGGCCCAUGGGGAGGUUCAAUGCAAAUUGUUAAACUCUAUGCUUCUGGUUACAACAUGAACUAUUAUCGCAUACUGCUUUCACCAAACAAACUACGUCAAAUGCAAAGAUCAUUCUCAUCGUCAGCUUUCUUGUUUCCAAAUGCAAAUGUGUUCAACAAGACAACCAUUAUUGCUAAGACAGAUAGUAAAAACUAUACACUCGAAAACGUCGAAGAGUUCUUCACCGAUAUAAAAUACGAAACUGGUUACGAACAGUAUAAAGCUGCUGCUCUGCUCAACGCUGACUUAAAGCCUCCUGGAGUAGAGGUUCAUUGUGUGUACGGAACUGGAUUAGCCACACCAGAACAAUUUUCUUGGGGAAACUGGUGGUUCCCUGAUUAUCAACCAACAAUCACUUAUGGUGAUGGAGAUGGCACAGUUAAUAGAGUAAGUGCGGAGGCUUGUCAACGUUGGAAUAAAGGAAACAACAAUGGCAAAGAUGUAAAGCUACAUGAGAUUGCAAACGCAGAGCACAUGGGUAUUCUUCAACACCCGGGAGCACUGGAAAUAGUUCGAAAAGUUCUGUACGAUGAGUACGAAAAGAAGAAAUCGAAGAAAAAGAAGUUUAAUCAAUUUGGUUUCCUGAACAAAGAAAUUUGA